AUGGCAGAAGCAACAAAGAGGUACGCAGUUGUCACAGGGGCAAAUAAAGGCAUUGGAUUUGGCACGGUUAGGCAACUGGCUUCAAAUGGGGUCAUAGUGGUGUUAACUGCUAGAGAUGAGAAGAGGGGUCUUGAAGCUGUUGAACAAUUAAAAGAGCUUGGCCUCUCUGACCUGGUGGUCUUUCAUCAGCUUGAUGUAACAGACCCUGUUAGCAUUGCUUCCUUGGCAGAUUUUGAAAAAACCCAGUUUGGGAAACUUGAUAUCUUGGUAAACAAUGCAGGAAUUAUUGGAAACCAACUGAACCCUGAAGCUUUUAGAUCAGCUGUAAGUGGCAAGAAGGCUGAAGAAAUCGAUUGGAGUGAAGUAUCAACAACACUAAACUACGAAUUAGCAGAAGAAUGCCUCGAAACAAACUACUAUGGGACCAAAAGAGUGACUGAAGCACUUUUGCCUAUCCUCCAGCUAUCUGAUUCACCAAGAAUCGUUAAUGUUUCUUCCCGGUUCGCUAAGCUAAUGAAUUUUCCAAAUGGAUGGGCUAAAGAGGUGCUAAGUGAGGCUGAAAGCCUUACAGAAGUGAGAAUAGAUGAUGUGCUUGGUGUGUUUUUGGAAGACGUUAAGCAAGGUUUAGCAGAAACCAAAAGCUGGCCUCCUCUCUUUCCACCCUAUUCAGUCUCAAAAGCAGCCUUGAACGCGUACAUUAGGAUCUUGGCCAACAAGUAUCCAAAUUUCUACAUCAACUGUGUGAGCCCUGGAUUUGUCAAAACUGAUAUAAGUUACAAUACUGGCAUCUUAACCAUCAACGAAGGUGCCGAAAGUCUCGUCCGGUUGGUGCUUCUCCCCAAUGGCGGUCCUACCAGCCACUAUUUUCUCUGUCACCUUUUUGAAUAUUUAUAUGUACAAUGUAACAUAGGAAUAAUGAUCCUCCAGAGUUGUGACAUGAAAAAUUGGGGGAGUUAUAGAUGGGAAGGGGCAUGUGAGUGA